AUCACUUCUUAAAGCGACACACACGGAAAAAUGGAUGAAACUGCGACUACAGCCAGAGACAGAGGAGAUGGAACCCAUAAAAGAGGCCUUGAACAGGACCCCUCAGACUCGCCACAGUUGAAGAUCCCUCACGUCUCCCCUCCUCCUUUAAGAACACAUCCCUCCUGCCACCAGGGCUCUUUUCCCUUCUACAGACUGCCUUCAGAACUGGGCUCUUUCUCUCUGGAUGAGAAGCGGUGUUACCAUGGUGACGGCCGUCGCCUGCGCUAUCUUAGUCUCCCCGUGGGGAUGGAUAGCGGUGGGGCCUCCCUUGGAUGGGACCUGAUGGACGGAUUUGAGGAUCGCUAUGUACGACGUAACGAAGAUGAGAAAGAGGGACUGCUGCAUCUAUUAAUGUGGGUGAAGGAGAACAGAGGACUGCUGCGGGCAAAUGGACGUUCUGAUACCAGCAGACUGGUCGACCGAGACUUUGUCAGCUGGCGGGGUCACCUAACCAAGAUUCUCUGCACCCCGUAUGAAACCCAAGAAGGCUGGAUCCUGGCUGUCACCCUGUUUAAGGGCACCCUGUAUAUCAGCGAGCGGGAGACGGCAGCUGCUUACAAGAAGAGGAAAGAGAGGACGCGGGAGCAGGAGAAGCUCAUGUACUCCGGAUACAAGUUUGAGAGCCACCUGUGUGCAGAUUCCCCUGAUGGCUCUCCUUGCCCGUCCGAAGUUGUGAACACCAACGAGGCAUUUUGCAGCGUCUUGCUGGGCCGCCUGGCAUCCCAUUCUUUCUUGGUUUCUGGAGAGGUGGACUGCAAAGACCCCAGCAGUAGCAAUCCUUCACCGCCAUCCUGCUACGUAGAGCUGAAGACAAAUGCCCAGAUGCGUAGCCAGCACCAAGAGCGCAGCUUUCACAGGUAUAAACUUCUGAAGUGGUGGUGCCAGUCCUUCCUGCUCGGGAUUCCCCUCAUCGUCGCAGGAUUUCGGAAUCCACAAGGAAGAAUUGUAUCUCUGGAGAAGUUCAGGACAUCGGAGAUCCCUCACUUAGUUCGGGGUGACAGACAGAGCUGGGAUCCGGCCGUGUGUAUGAACUUCUGUAAUGCCUUCCUCAGUCAUAUCAAGAAAGUGGUGACCACGGAUGACCCCAGAGUUGUCUUUGUGUUCUCCUGGGAGCCGGGUCAUGAUGUCACUUUUACAGUAGAAGCGGAUUCGGAUCACUUGGUUGUCCCAGAGUGGUACGUGCAGGUGUUAUCACAGAAUUGAGCUGUGGUCAGGAAAAUAAGCAGGGAAGAAGACGCCGAGCCUUCAUGCCAUACUACAGAUGUCAGCUGGCCGAGCAAUGGAUUUAUUACUGGAGGCUGGUCCUUUUUUUACGUAUCGGUGUAACCGAUCAAUUAAAUGGAGAUUUAUGUACUAUUUUUA